AUGUCAAGCUCUUUGUACGGGUCGGGCGAUCCGUGGGAAAACGGAUGGGCCAGUUCGGAAGACCAACAGCGUCCUGCCUUUGGAACGGCCUCUAAUUAUCUCACAUCUUCACAAUUGCUCACUACAGUCGAGGAGCCUGAGCGGCUCUCCGUCAACACCAGUAGAGUGCCAGAAUCAUUCAAGCGCAUCCAGGACGGCUUGGGGGCCCGGUUGACAUCUGUGGAAGACGUGGAGAACUUCGUGUUCUCCAAAGUGGUUCAAUUGGGCUACUUGAAGAAGUACCAGACGGCUAAAAUAGUGGAUACGUUGUACGACCAUAACUUGGUGACCCCAUCGUCUCCAAACACGUUGGUACAGAUCCUAGGACUUGUUUCGUUGGAGAUUGAUGCCACCGGAACUGGUGAUUUUGUGACGUUGCAGUUCAGAUUGGGAAACUUGCCUGAGUUGCCCCAGGAGUUGGUGACAGCGCUUUUGGCUCGAGACGAACCUGCGCCCUCCAGCGACUACAACGACUUCAUCGACCCUCUAAGUGCACAAUUGGCCAACACUUCUAUCAACGAGAACGAUGCCGAGGACUGGACCUCGCGUCCAGGAGACGACAUCCCAGAUCCCUUGUUGCACGAUAAUUCCACCACCAUAUCCAACAAGGCGAUCCUAGAGCCUGAUACAGAUGAGGGACAGGCCAAGCCUAUAUUGGACAGCUCCAUCACAAAGCACGUUGAGGAAAUUAGAGAUAGAUUCAAGCCCUUGAUCAACACCAAUGAUCUGAUCAAAAUAAAGGAGGUCCCCGAGAAAGAAGGACUCUUAUUCAAGCAUAUCAAUUAUUUCAUCACCCACGAUCUCAGAUUGGGCAUGAACUCCCACUCCGGGACGAAAAAGGUCAUAAGAAGAUAUUCAGAUUUCGUUUGGCUUCUUGAGUUUCUUUUACAGAAGUAUCCCUUCAGAGUAAUCCCAGGCUUACCCCCCAAAAAGUUUUCUGUAGGAUCUUCACCAGAUUCACAGUUCUUACAAAGACGUCGUCGUGGCUUACACCGGUUUUUAAACCAGCUAAUUAAACACCCUGUCUUGAAGCAGGAACCAGUGGUUAUUACCUUCUUAACGGUGCCCACCGAUAUUUCUACAUGGAAAAAGCAAGCUAAAAUCGAUUAUUCAUUAGAGUUCAAGGGGCAGAAGAUUCAAACACAUUUCAUAAAUUCCAUCUGGCCAACUAUUGGAAAAGAAUUCUUGCAAAAUUGGGCAAAUGCCGAAAACUCAAUUGCGAAGUUAAUAGAGACUUGGACAAAGACAGUUUUGUUGAUUGAAAGGUACGAGAAGAGACAACAACAAAUCAGCUAUGACAACAAUAAGUUUGUGGAGAUGAUAAGCAGUUUCAAGGCAGGUAAUGCCAGCCUUUAUCCGGCAUCCGAGAAUAGCAUAAUAGGGGAGAAUAAUAAGGAUGACAUGGGGACCAUCAACGAAUCGUUGGGGUACAUCAGCGAGUUCUUCAAUAAGUCAAGCCAGGUAUUGAUUGAUGAGAGCUACAGCGUAAAUACUGGAAUUUUGGAGAAGUUCAAAAACUAUCUCGACUACUUAUACUCACUCCAAGAAUUGUUUGAGAGAACCAAGCGGUUAUCUGCAAACAAUAUUGACCAACUUGAGGCCAGGAUCAAGGAAAACGAGGCCAAGUACAAGAAGUUGAGCACAGAAGAGGCUGAUGUCAAAGGAGCAGAUUUGGCCAAGUUGCGACAAGUGAUCAUAAAUGACAAACAGGAAAUUUUCCAACAGUUGAAUAAAGACUGGUUGAUCAAAAACUGUUGUUUCGAAGAAUACAUUAUGUUCCAGGAGACGCAAUAUCUCGUGAGUGAGUUGUGGAUUGAAUGGACCAAGGGCCGGUUACGGUUUCUGGAGAAAAUGAACGGACUUCAAACACACUUGAACGGCGAGAUCGAGAAUAACAUGCCUUUGAGCCGCUAG